GUGUGGUGGACCAAUGUUAGCGUUGUUGUCGCUCUUUGUUUCCGCCCCCGGAAGUAGCUGGUCCAGCGGCCUUUGGGACCCACGCCGGCGGGUUUGUGUGUGUGUUGGAUGUUAUGGCGGCUCCGGGAUGUGAAGGCAGGGGUACCCGGGUCCGGUCGCUGUAUUCAUGCGAACAUUGGGAGAUAGUGAAGCCUUCUGUGAGCGAGCUGACCCGUGAGGUUCGGAACAACAUUCUAUGCACUGUGACAGGAUGCGGCAAAGUGCUCCCCAACCCGCCGGCUCUCAACAUGCACUUGGUCAAGUCCCACCGCAUCCAGGAUGGAGAGAUCAAUCCCACAUUGAGGAAAGAUUUGAAAGCUUCACAGAAAUUAUACUGCUGUCCAAUAGAAGGCUGCCCAAGAGGAACAAACAGGCCGUUUUCUCAGUUUUCCCGUGUAAAACAGCACUUCAUGAAAAUGCAUGCAGAAAAGAAGCACAAAUGUGUCCAGUGUGGGAGCUGCUACGGCACGGAGUGGGACCUGAAACGCCAUCUUGGUUAUUGUGGAAAGACCUUCCAUUGCACAUGUGGCUGCCCUUAUGCCAGCAGAACUGCUCUCCUGUCACACGUUCACAGAACUGGCCAUGAGAUUCCAUUUGAACACAGAGAGCCCCCUGUAAAGAAAAGGAAGAUUGAAGCUGCUAUGAAAAGCCAUGAAACCAUGAACGAGGCAAGACUUCCUGAACAUGCUCUCUCUUUGGCAUCACAAGAUGAUCAAACGACAGAUCUCAAACUACACACUGUCGAAAGCCUCAGCAGUUCCUGCUUUACAGAGAGCAACCCCUUACAGCCAAAGCAAACUCAAACAUUACUGCUGCCAAAGUUGGCUUUGCUUAAGCUACCAGUAAUGCAGCUGACUCAUUUAUCCGUGUUGGUCCCAUCAUCUGCAUGUUCAGUUAAACCUGUUCUUGUGACAGUUGACAAAGAUUCUGUUGCAACUUCUGUGCAAAUAUUGUCUAACUACAGUGGAUCAAUUGUCUCAAACCUGGACACAAAUGCAGCUUUAUCUACCGGUAUUGUAUUGUGUAGAAAUGCAGAUUCUAAUACAGUUGGGCCAGUGAACUCUUUUGUACAAGUAAACCUAGAUAAAGCGGUGUCUAGCAACAUCAUGUCAGAUAUCUCCCAGAAGAACCGAAUUACAUCAGAUGUUCAGACUGACAUAUCAUACUUUACCCAGUCUGUAUUACCAGACCCUCCUUGGACUUCUGAGUCUUGUGUCUCAUCUUGUUCUCAAACAGACUUAUCAUUCAAUGCACAGAUCUCGCUUCCUAUUAAUGUUGAAACCCAGACACUACAAUUAAAUUAUGAGUUGCCCUACAGCACUAAGACUGACGUGUCCAUUAGUCCUUGUUUCUCUGGUGGGAUUUCUCGUGAGACACAAACACACAAUGCAUCAAGAGGGGCAACUUUACAGGUGGACCAAGCUGUUAUGUGUGAAAAUCUAUUUGAUGGCAGCCACUCUUUUUACACUGUAUCAACCCAAACAAGUAAGGCAGAAAGUAGGUUUUUGCCUGGAGUUUUGGACCAAAGUUUAUUGAACACAAAUGAUGUUCAGCAAAUAAGAGAAGAGACAAUAGGCUUUGUCAAUCAAAAUGGUGCAUUCCCUAAUCAAAACAUGACUGAUAAUCAAACACAAACCAUGGAACUCCUUAGUGACCUUGAAAAAAUCUUAUCCGAUAAUAUGCCUGGCCAGCCAUUGGAUAACCGCGGUCUGUUAUCCGUAGAAAGCUCAGGAGGGGACGCAAACUUGUCAUCAAAUUGUACCCAGAAUCCAGGCAUUGACUUUGACAUAGAUGAGUUUUUUUCUGCCUCCAAUAUUCAGACACAAACAGAAGACUGCGAGUUGGGGAAUCUCACAUCAGAGUAUCUAGAUAUUGAAACCCAAACGGACUUUCUGUUUUCUGAGGACUCUGCCCAGUUGUAUUCUAACAAAGCAAACGCUAGCAUUCUAGGUAUGGAGAUGUUUGAUACUCAGACGCAGACUGACUUAAAUUGCUUUCUUGACAGCAGCUCUCACUUGCCAUUAGGUAGCAUAUUGAGGCAGUCUAGCUUUUCAAUGAGCACAGACUCGUCCGAUACAGACAGCCAUGCAAAUGUAUCUUCUGAGAGCAAAACUAGUGUAUGUCACAGCAUUGAAAGCCAAGUACAGCAAAACAGUGCUGAAACCCAAACAACCCACAGCUGCUCUGAAACACUAGGCCAUUUAUUUCUUACAAGCAAUGAGACCCAGACUGCAAUGGAUGACUUCCUUCUUGCAGACCUGGCAUGGAAUACAAUUGAUUCUCAGUUUAGUUCUGUGGAAACGCAGACUUGUGGGGAGCUUUUCUCUUUGUUCUCAUCUGAUAAAUCCCAGAACUGAUCAGCACUCCAACACUUAUCAAUGCCUGUAACCGUUUGAUGUGAGUGUUCUUCAGCCCAGUAUAUUCCCUUCUAGCUGAAGAGACUGCAGUCUAUUUUCUGACCCCUCUCACUGUGAAGAAACUUGCAUGGCUUACUGUUCUAUAUCUGUUAUAUAUUAGAAAAAUGGUUUCCAUCAACCAUAUAAUGUUAUUCAGCAACCUGCAUGUUGGGAGGUGUAAUUCAACAUUAGAGCCAUAUGUGAAAAUCCCUGUUACAAAGUCAGUGACACAUACAUUGAAAGUGUUUUUGUUUGUAGUUUCUAUAGGUGGAUAUAAAAGCUAUUAUGUAGCCAUGGGGGCUACCAAUUGGGUUUUUGUUGGGCUGUAGAGUCCAUACUUGCAUAGGAAAUAAAAGAUAAGCUACAUAGGGUGCAAUGUUUAAUACUUAUAAGUUAACUUUUAGUAUGUCCUAUACAAUUUGUUUGCCUUUCUCUUCUGUUGCUGUCUACCUUUCAAAUACAGGUCAGAUUCCUGCAGGCAUCUUUAACCCUAAUAUCUUCCAUUUAAAGGGAAACCUGCAGGCAAAACUGUUACAGUUUUGUUUUUAUUAAAGGAACAGGAACACCAAAAAAUUAAAGUAAAUAAAAUAUAAUGUACUAUUUCCCUGCACUAGUAAAACUGGUGUUUGCUUCAGACUACUAUAGUUUACCAGUGCUGUCCAGCUGGAGGUUACGGGGGGGGACCUUGUGUGGCUCCCCACAUGAAAGUCUACCUGCUGUUUGUUUACCACAUGUAAAAUUUAAAAGGUAUCACUACAGAGAUUAACUGGCCCCUGCAUUGUUUAAACCUUAAAUUCAGACUGUAAUCGCCUGCAUUUUUCACACGUAAUCUCCCCCUGUAUUGUUCAUACUUGUAACGCCCCUAAAGCCCGUUACUGUUCACACCUGAGACCCAGACUGAAACUGCCCACAUUGUUCACCUGUUCACACUCAUAAAAACUGCUGGAGGUGCACCAGCACUGUGUCACUGUAUGUAGUACAUCUUAGAGUGGUCCUGAUGGGUUUCCCUGUCUCCUGUUCUGCCUUCCCUAUACUCCGUGUGUGCCAUACUCUGCCUAUGGAACAUAAGCCUGGUAGGAUUAGUUCUGGGGGUUUAUUGGCAUUUGAAAAUUGUUGUUAGGGGGCCCUUAGGUGUUUAAUCAUGAGUUGGGAUGGGGAGUGCUGUAUUAUACACGGGAGGAUGAGGCACAUGGAUUUAAGGGUAUGACUUAACUUUUUUCACAUAUAAGUGAUAUCCCUGCAGUGAGCACCAACCAUUUGGCAUGGUACCAUGGCUACACAGCAGCUUAUUUAUAUAAACUAUUGUUUCUAAAGCAAACCUAUAACUUUUUUUUCUAUUAAUGCAGGGCAGUAGAUUAUAUUUUUUUUGUGUUACUGUUCCUUUAAAUUUCUUUCUACUAGGACUCUUCCCUAUUCAGUUCCCAGAUUCUCAUUCAAACCAUUAUCACAAAAUAUGGAUAUGGGAGCACUCCGGUAGACUCGAACCUUCUAUGCUACAACGUGAGGUCCUGCCCCCUGGACGGCAUCUAGAUCCAAUCAGUCAAUGUAUCAAUCAGUCUUACUCAAGCCAUCGCCUGGUUACUAUAGUAAACUGUAUCUUAGGAAAUAGCUGCUGAACAAAAAGAUGAAUAAUUAAAAAAUCCUCCAAAAUAUUCUCAGACUGAGUUUGUCUCAUACUAAAAGUUAAUAUAAAGUUUAAACUUACCGUUUAUAAAGGGGAGAAAUCAGGGUUAAAGGUGACCCACCUUGUAUGGUGAGUACGUUUCUGCCACAAAAUAUUUUGUGGUGGCAAACAGAAUAAAACCUUUCAUUGCAAAUAAAAUACUCUUUGUAUUUGGUGUUCUAGGCUUCUUUUUUUGCACUAACCAAUUGUGCUGUGUUACAAAGGAUGUCCUAGUGGUUGUUUUAAACAACAGAUGUAAACAGCAUGUCUAUCAAUAUGCCACGUGUAGAGGUUUGGUCUAUUUUGUAUAGGCGCAUCUAUUAAAAAGCACUUUAUUUUGUUUUUGAUGUAAUUUAUUUAUGCUGUCAGAAUAACAGUCAAUCAAGUAUGUGUGCUUAAUUUAAAUAAAAAUAUUAAAAUACUA